ACAGUUGAUUCAAUUAUCUUGAUUACCGUACCGUAUCAACAAAUGUAUGUGUAUAUUUUGUUAUCAUUCAUUGUCUAAUUUUCUCCUAUCACUAUAUUCAGAUUGUAACCGCAUCUGAAAUGGCAUUCGUCUGAGAAAGAAAAUUAUGGAAAAUUUUGUUCGUGUAAAAUUAUUGUUUUUCGCUAAAUCACGUGAACUUGCUGGCUUGAGUGAAUGUGACGUCGAGUUGCCAAAACGAAUCCCAUACGCAGACCUAGUUGAGCAUUUAAGCAAAACGUACAAUUUGCAGCCACUCCGAAAGACUUUUUUGGUUGCCUUAAACAGUGACUACUGUGACGAAUCGACAGAGUUGUUGAAUUUGAAAGCGGGAGACGAACUCGCUAUCAUUCCACCGAUCAGUGGCGGAUAAAGGAAGCGCCAAAGACGUAACAAUGAAUUUCGUCAAGUUGACAAAGGAGAAACUCGACAUUAAUUCAAUUUCGGAGUUGGUUACCGACGAAAGGUGUGGCGCUGUUUCGAUUUUUGUCGGAACAACAAGGGAUAACUUUGAUGAUAAACCAGUUUUAUCAUUGAAAUAUGAGGCUUAUGACAAAAUGGCAGACAAGAUGAUGAACAAAAUUUGUGAUGAUAUUCGUGAAAAGUGGACUGAUGUGCUGCACAUUGCAUUGUAUCAUCGUCUUGGUUUGGUGCCGAUAAAAGAGAGCAGCGUGGUGAUUGCGAUCAGUUCACCGCAUCGUCAAGACAGUUUGGAAGCCGUCCAAUUUGCUAUCGAUGAAUUGAAACGUACGGUGCCGAUUUGGAAAAAGGAAAUCUACGGUGGCGAUUACGAAGCGCCUGCGCCUCAGCCGCCUCAAAAGCGCCCCAAACGAACUAAAUCCCAUGUGAAUUUCGACGCUUGCUGUCCCAUUAGCAACGAUGUCAUUGUGUCAAAGAGCCUACUCCAAAUCCGAGCAGAUGAGUUGGAAAUAAAGCGUCGCAUCGCAUCGUUCAUUGGACGUAAACGAGAGGAGAUUAACAACAGUAAUGUGCAUGACUUUAUUAAAGACACUCAAGAGGAUGAAAUGAGAUGUGCCCGUGUUAAUAGCACGGUAUAUCGAAUUAAAGGCUCAAAAGGUCAUUUAAAGGUACAUCGUGUGAAAAAUGAAACCGGUCCACAGACAACGAACUAUAAAAUUGCCUUGGAUAAACUCAUGGAAAAUAAUUCACCAAUUAAAAUCAAACCUGACCCAGAUGCGCCGGUAAAACCAUUAUCCAGCGGCAUUGAAGAACGUAUUUCAAACGUUGAGGGUUAUCUUAAUAUGUCCGCUGAGAAUGUGUCUACCAAAACAGUAUUCGCACGAUUGAAAGCAAUAGAACAGAGAAUUUUGUACUUGGAAACGCUUUCGCCGGAGUAUUCACACUUUUUGAAUAAAUCAACGCAAAAUAUCGACAAUGUGCCAAGUAUCAAGAAAGAACGAAAAAAGAAAUAUACUCCCGCUGAGUUGGACGAAUUAUUGAAAAAUGUGACCAACAAAAUUAGCUCUUAAUACAUAUUUUGUUUUAUUUUCCUUUAUAAAAUGUAAUAAAAACGUAAAUAAAAUUGAUUUUAUGCAUGAAAAAAAA